CAGGAGAAGGAGAUCCAACGCGCAUGGGAGAAUAUAAUACCCUAUCUGGCUUAUCCUCGCCAUCCUACACCCAUGCCGGGCAUUGUUCAUGCACGCUCGCGAGUGCUUGUGCCCUCUCUGAGACUGCACCGUCGUAGUUAGACCGCGUGACGUCGGUCUUUUGGACGUAUGAAACCCCUACACGAAUCAGAUUCCUGUUCCUUGUUUCCUUCUCUACGUUUCCCUUCUUCACUCAUCGUCCUCCACAGUAUCUACCCUGAUCAUUGAGGUGCCCACCACUCCCUUACAUCCCAAUCCCACUCUUCCUUUCCCUCCUUUUAUUCUCCCUCGCCCUCCUUUCUUUCUCUGGGACAGCAAACGGCUAAGAUGAAGCUACUGGGUUGGAUGCACCGCAAGUUUCGGCAGAACAGCGGCGAUGUGUUAAAGGACUAUGGCAGCGGCGGCACGUGCAAUUGCCUCUCCGGACGUCCGUCUCUGGGCGAGGACCUCCACCGCCGCCGCCGCAGCCAAUACGAACCCUUCAAGGCAAGGAGCCUCCGCCUGGAGGUGGAGGAGCUUAUCGACGGCGGGAAUGCGGCGAUGGAGGAGUUGCUCGGGGGACUCCUCACUAUCGGAACUUUAGGGUCCGGAACGGGGCCGAUCGAGGACAAGGAGGACGAGGAGGAGGAGGAGGAAGAGGAGAAUGAGGCGGGAAGCGAGGACGAUGAGAAACAGUUGACGGUGUCGGCGGAGGAGGAGGAGGUAGUCGUAACCCCGGCGGCGCUGGAGGCGAUCGCGGAGAAAGAGGCGGAGUCGACUACGGAGACGGACCUGCUGGUGGUGAGCGCGGAGCUGGAGAAGGUGCUGACGGCAGAGGCGGAGAAGGGCGGUGGCCGGAUAUCCUCCGCCCGUUCUAGCUACGCCGGGUCGGCGGCGUGCCCGCUCCAGGGGUUCUUGUUCGGGUCCUCAAUCGAGGUGGCGGAGACGAUGGCGACGGCGGCGGACGCGCGGAAGGAGAGGCGGGCCUCGCUGGGGGAGCUGUUCAUGAUAAGCCGGAUCACGGAGGAGGAAGCCGGCGGCGGCAGCGGAACUGCAGAGCAGGUCAAGCUCGCCGGAGGCAACGAUGAGGACGGGAAAUCGACGGCUGAGAUAUGCCUGAUGAAGAAGAAGAUGACUAAACGCCGUGGCGCUAAGGGAUCGGACGGUGGUGGUCCAUCGAAUGGUUCAACGGUGGAGACGAAGUUCCAAAAGAUCCUUCAGUUCUUUCACAAAAAGGUUCACCCCGAGAGCAGCAUCAUGAGUAAGAAACCUUCCAAGACCGGCAAGAACGAGAAGAAAGAGUACGCGCAUCCGGUCGGAGGCAGUGAACCCGCCGGCACCGACGGCUGCACGGCGACCUCCGCGAAAGUUGGCCCGUGCAGGAAAGAACACAUUCCAGACCUCAACUUCUGCUACAACCCUCCGGCCCACGCUUUCGGUGGUGAUGACUCCAACGGCAGUCGGGAGCAUUGGAUUAAGACGGAUGCAGACUGUAAGUACCUCAUCGGAAUACUCAUCUUUCUUAGGUUGAACUCGAAUGCAUUCUGGUCGAUUUAGUCAGAAAGAAUAAUAACAAUAAUAAUAAUGGCUAUUUGACAAACACUACUUAAAAGCAUUUACAGUGGAAACACUAUCAAGUAGAUAGAAUAUGAUAGGCACAUAAGGUCAGGGUUGUCUACUCGAUCGAGUUGUUCUGCUUCUUUUAUUGGAUAAGCACAUAGCACAGCUCAUCACACGGGACAAAAUUUGCCUCUGUAGAUGAGUUGUCCGACCCCACAAUAUUGUUCUGUGAGAUGAGAGAACUAAACAGAUGUUUUGGCAACAAAACAAUUCACCAAAAUCUGUUCAACUUGCUUUUCCUCUUAAUUCUUCUG